CCUAAUCCUCCCUUUUAUUCCGUCCUGUAUUAUUACAAUUCUUCUUUUUUGACCUCUUCCUCCCCCCUCGAUACUCCCGCUCGUCCAAUCCAAUCUUGGACGAAUCAUCCCGUGCAGCUGGUCCACUUAGCCAGACCCUGCUUCCAAUUUCCUUUCCGCCGCUUCUUCCCCGGACUCGAAAGGACUAUCGACGCUCUCGGAGUCUAGUCCACUACCCGUACCUGUCCCAAGGAUCCAGAGGUACCUGAACUGGAAUUCACCAACUCAAACUUCCAGGUUCAGUGCGGCUCAAGUCACAGCCGUAUCGGUCGACAGCCUGUGUCUCUCUCCAUCUCUCUUCCGCGUCGACACAUGACCAUCCACACGCCUGUCUUUACCGAGAAGAGCAGCACACCAAGACAAAAGUAGACGAUACCGAGACCAAGGGGUUCGACCACGAGGGUGGGAAGAAAGGAGCUUUCUCAGCGACCACGGGCGUCUCCUGUUCCUCUGGCCUGACAGCUCUUGGAAAUACUGACUUUGGCACUUGGCCUUGGCAAUUCCUGGCCCUCAACCUGAACCCAGGAAAAAAAACUCCCCGCCCAUCUCCAUCCGCCAUCUGUCACCUAGCAUUUCUUGCCACAGUCGGCCUCUUCCACUCAUUUCUUCCUCUUCUCUUUUACCCUCCAACCCCUUAACAACGACGACGAUCCUCGAGUCCUGGGAGUGUGCAUGUUCUUCUCUACUUUCCUUCCUUACUCUCGUUACUGCCGGCCCUUGGGUGUUCAUUUGGUUCGUUACCGUCUUUCUAAUACCCCAAACUGCACUUUCGACCUCUUUGCUCUCUCUCGUGGAUAUCGCUUCAUCGCCGCCGUCGCAAACCAACAUUGCUUUGCACUGCACUAGCCCGCUUGCCCACUUGUCAACCCCCCAAAAUCGCCCAACCUGGAUCUCAAGCCAAUCCGGCAGCUAAAUGAAACCCGAGUCGCACCCAUGUUGAUGGCUCUGAAAGGCCGCAGACUCGUUCUGCUGGCCGCAUUCGUCAUCGUUUCGGCGCUUCUCAUCUUCUCACAGUCUCUCUACCCUGAGAACCUAAGCUGGUCCGAUAUCUCAGCUUCUCUCCCCACCGGAAGUAAAUCCUCCGCGCCAUCCACCAAGGGGGCCAAACCCGCCCGCGCUGGCACCGGCCGUUUCCAUUUCCUGAUCGCCGCCAGCGCCCCGAACUUGCAGUUCUGCCGCGCCCUCGUUUCGUCUACCGCCAACCGCUUCGGCGCGCCAGUCAUUGCAGGAUGGAACGGCACCGGCGAAAACGAUGCUGCCCAGUCCCACUUGGCCAAGAUUCGCGUCGUCACCAAGUACCUCGAAGACUUGCCCGAAUCCAGCAACGAUGAUCUCUUCAUGAUGAUUGAUGGCUACGACGUCCUUCUCCAGUUUGGCCCCGAUGUCCUGAUUGAGAGAUAUUUCAAGGCAGCGGCCAAGGAAGACGAGCGAAUCAUCCAGCAGCUGGGACCCGAGAGGGCCCAGAGUCUGGCUGGUCCCAUGGGCCGACAUAUCUUCUUCGGCGCCGACAAGGUCUGCUGGCCCGUGGACUGGCGGCGUCCGGCUUGCUGGGCGGUCCCUCCGGUGCCCAACAUGGACGGCCACGAGUUCGGCCCUCUCACGAACACCGGCGAGGAUAUGGCCUUCAACCACCCCCGAUGGCUCAACAGCGGCACCAUUAUUGGUCCCAUCAAGGAGAUCCGCGAGAUGUUCCGAGCCACUCUCGACCUAAUCAACGAAGUGUACGACCCGGAAUACGAGUUCAGAGAGAGCGACCAAUUCUACAUGAGCGACGUCUGGGGUCUGCAAGAGCUCGAGAGAAUACAGAUGCAAAAGGAGGAAAAUCCCGAUGCCGCUGUCAUGCUGCCUCCGGAAGACGGCUGGGUUCCCGAGUUGGAGCCCGCGUACAGCUACAACUUCCACAUCGCCAUGGACUAUUGGAGUCUGAUGUUCCAGACAUGGGCUGGCUACGGCGAGUGGGUGGACUGGCGCAAAUUUGACCGCCCCCUGUACUCGGUCGAAAUCUCACAAAACUAUCGCAACAGUUCCACCUUUGUGCCUUGGAGCUUGCAUAUGCAAGCGGACGGCAUGAAGUCGCUGAAGCGCAUCUUUAACACAACAGAGGACGAAACGAUGGGCGCGACGGUGAACGAGCUGAUCCGGAAGUCCGAAUUCGGCGCCAACAUUGUGACAAAGCAGACGUUCCCGCUGCUGCACGUCACCGGAGAGAAGGGAGCCUUGGACGUGUUCUGGCCUCGAAUGUGGUUUUUCCCCUACGGCCGCUCGCUGAUCCGGUCUGCUAUCAACUGGUUCCAGCAGGAGGAACACUACAUGCCCGAGCUGAUUGACGGCCGAGUGUGGUAUCCCGCACACCCGUAUCCCAAGGACGUUCGGGAGAACGAUGGCGGUGCCUGGUCAGACACUGCCAACAACAACGGGACCGUGUAUUGGCUGGGAUUCGACCAGCUGUGCGCAGAGCACCACGGUAUUUUGUUUGGCGAAGAUUAAGUAAGGGUUCUCCGUGAAGGGGGAAGGGAGGGUUUUCUCGCGCGUUACUUGGUUUGAGCAUACUUGAGCACCUUGGGUUUACGAGGUCUGGAAAAUACAGUGCAGGUUCAAAGGGAACCACCUGCACUAAAUUCGCAGCAUAAGAGCUGCUUGCAGUCAGUACUGGAACAAGAGUGUCCGUACUACAACAAAAUGAAACGGCCCGGUUUGCAUGUUGCGCUGAGCAUAUUACGAUGCAAUACCCAGCAUUUGUGUGCCUGUUUUUUUUCCCCCC